ACGCUCCUAGAGGACCACCUCCUGAGACAGAGUUCUUUUUUCCUCUCUUCUUCUUUCUCCAAGCUCCCCUUCUGCACUCCCUCCCUGCCCAGUACAAUGCAUUCUUGAGUGGCAGCGUUUGGACACCAGGCAGCCCCAGAGAACCGAAGCAAGCCAGAGAGAGGACUGGAGCCAAGACACUGGUGGGGGAGCUUGGAUGCCUGGCUUUCUUUGAGGACAUCUUUGGAGCGAGGGUGGCUUUGGGGUGGGGGGUUUUGCUGCAGGGAAUCCAGCCAGGCCCCAAGAUGGACACUUCUGGGCACUUCCAUGACUCGGGGGUGGGGGACCUGGAUGAAGACCCCAAGUGUCCCUGUCCAUCCUCUGGGGAUGAGCAGCAGCAGCAGCAGCAGCAGCAACAGCCACCACCACCACCACCAGCGCCACCAGCAGCCCCCCAGCAGCCCCCAGGACCCUCGCUGCAUCCUCAGCCUCCGCAGCUUCAGCAGCAGCAGCAGCAGCCAUCGCAUCCCCUGUCUCAACUCCAGAGCCAGCCCGUCCACCCUGGCCUGCUGCACUCCUCUCCCACCGCCUUCAGGGCCCCCCCUUCAUACAACUCCACCGUCAUCCUCCACCCUUCCUCCAGGCAAGGCAGCCAGCUCAAUCUCAAUGACCACUUGCUUGGCCACUCUCCAAGUUCCACAGCUACAAGUGGGCCUGGUGGAGGCAGCCGGCACCGUCAGGCCAGCCCCCUGGUGCACCGGCGGGACAGCAACCCCUUCACGGAGAUUGCCAUGAGCUCCUGCAAGUACAGCGGUGGGGUCAUGAAACCCCUCAGCCGCCUCAGCGCCUCCCGGAGGAACCUCAUUGAGGCCGAGCCUGAGGGCCAGCCCCUCCAGCUCUUCAGUCCCAGCAACCCCCCUGAGAUCAUCAUCUCCUCCCGGGAGGACAACCAUGCCCACCAAACCCUACUCCACCACCCCAACGCCACCCACAACCACCAGCACGCCGGCACCACCGCCAGCAGCACCACCUUCCCCAAAGCCAACAAGCGGAAAAACCAAAACAUUGGCUAUAAGCUGGGACACAGGAGGGCCCUGUUUGAAAAGAGAAAGCGACUGAGUGACUAUGCUCUGAUUUUUGGGAUGUUUGGAAUUGUUGUUAUGGUGAUAGAGACUGAGCUUUCUUGGGGUUUGUACUCAAAGGAUUCCAUGUUUUCGUUGGCCCUGAAAUGCCUUAUCAGUCUGUCCACCAUCAUCCUUUUGGGUUUGAUCAUCGCCUAUCACACACGUGAAGUCCAGCUCUUCGUGAUUGACAAUGGCGCGGAUGACUGGCGGAUAGCCAUGACCUAUGAGCGCAUCCUCUACAUCAGCCUGGAGAUGCUGGUGUGUGCCAUCCACCCUAUUCCCGGCGAGUAUAAGUUCUUCUGGAAUGCACGCCUGGCCUUCUCCUAUGCGCCUUCACGGACAGAGGCGGAUGUGGACAUCAUUCUGUCCAUCCCCAUGUUCCUGCGCCUGUAUCUGAUCGCCCGCGUCAUGUUGCUGCACAGCAAGCUCUUCACCGAUGCCUCGUCCCGCAGCAUUGGGGCCCUCAACAAGAUCAAUUUCAACACCCGCUUUGUCAUGAAGACCCUCAUGACCAUCUGCCCUGGCACCGUGCUGCUCGUGUUCAGCAUCUCGCUGUGGAUCAUUGCUGCCUGGACUGUCCGGGUCUGUGAAAGGUACCAUGACCAGCAGGAUGUAACUAGUAACUUUCUGGGUGCCAUGUGGCUCAUCUCCAUCACAUUCCUUUCCAUUGGUUAUGGGGACAUGGUGCCCCACACAUACUGUGGGAAAGGUGUCUGUCUCCUCACAGGCAUCAUGGGUGCAGGCUGCACUGCCCUCGUAGUAGCCGUGGUGGCCCGAAAGCUGGAACUCACCAAAGCAGAGAAGCAUGUUCACAACUUCAUGAUGGACACUCAGCUCACCAAACGGAUCAAGAAUGCUGCAGCCAAUGUCCUUCGGGAAACCUGGCUAAUCUAUAAACACACGAAGCUGCUAAAGAAGAUUGACCACGCCAAAGUCAGAAAGCACCAGAGGAAGUUCCUCCAAGCUAUCCACCAGCUGAGGAGCGUCAAGAUGGAGCAGAGAAAGCUGAGCGACCAAGCCAACACGCUGGUGGACCUUUCCAAGAUGCAGAACGUCAUGUAUGACUUAAUCACAGAACUCAAUGAUCGGAGCGAAGACCUGGAGAAGCAGAUUGGCAGCCUGGAGUCUAAGCUGGAGCAUCUCACUGCCAGCUUCAACUCCCUGCCCCUGCUCAUCGCAGACACCCUGCGCCAGCAGCAGCAGCAGCUCCUGUCUGCCAUCAUGGAGGCCCGGGGCGUCAGCGUGGCCGUGGGAACCACCCACACCCCUCUCUCCGACAGCCCAAUCGGGGUCAGCUCCACCUCCUUCCCAACCCCCUACACAAGUUCAAGCAGUUGCUAAAUAAAACUCCCCCCCUCCAGACGCGUUA